ACCCCCUUACCUCUGUCUUCUCUCCCAGGUGGAUUUUGAGGAUGUGAUAGCUGAGCCUGUGGGAACGUACAGCUUCGACGGUGUCUGGAAAACCAGCUACACCACCUUCACCGUCAGCAAGUACUGGUGCUACCGGCUGCUCUCUGCCAUCCUGGGCAUCCCGCUGGCAGUCAUCUGGGGCUUCCUCUUUGCCCUCAUCUCCUUCUGCCACAUCUGGGCAGUGGUGCCCUGCAUCAAGAGCUACCUGAUAGAGAUCCAGUGCUCCAGCCGAAUCUACUCCCUCUGCAUCCACACCUUCUGCGACCCGCUCUUUGAGGCACUCUCCAAGAUCUGCGGCCACAUCAGAGUUGCUCUCCGGAAGGAGGUCUAGGUCCCGACAGCCGCC